GGAGGGGCUGGCGCGGAAAACGAAGGUUACUUUUUGGAUCCUCAGUGGAGGCUUAGGGUGGAAGUUAUUCCUCCACCUUAAAGACCCGGGAGUUUAGAAGUAGGGCACGGAGGGCCUCGUGACCGUGCGCUCAAGCCGAGCCUUACGCCAUGAGGAACUUCAAAGGAGUCAACUUCGCCUCUCUGCUAAGCAGCCCGAAGGAGGCCCAGGAGCUGCUGCCCGACUUGAAGGAGUUCCUGUCAAAAUCACCAACUAGUUUUCCCAGCAGCCGGUCUGAUGCUGAAAGGAGACAAGUAUGUGAUGCUAUCCUGAGGGCCUGCAUCCAGCAGUUGACUGCCAAGCUAGCUUGCCCUGAGCACCUGAGGAGUCUGCUGGAGCUAGCAGAGCUGGCCUGUGAUGGCUACUUGUUGUCAACCCCACAGCGCCCUCCCCUCUAUCUGGAACGCAUUCUCUUCAUAUUACUUCGGAAUGCUGCAUCUCAGGGAAGCCCAGAUGCUGUGUUCUGCCUUGCCCAACCUCUCCAUGACUGCUUGGUAGAGAGCUGUCGCCAAGCUGCUCCCCAAGACUAUGAGGCUGUGGCUCGGGGCAGCUUUUCUCUGCUCUGGAAGGGAGCAGAAGCACUGUUAGAGCGUCGAGCUGCAUUCUCAAUUCGGCUGAAGGCCUUGGGCUUCUUAGUACUAUUGGAAGAUGAAAGUGUUCCUUGUGAAGUUCCUCACUUUGCUUCUCCAUCUGCUUGUCGAGUGGUGGCUGCUUAUCACCUAUUUGAAGCUAGUGGGCAUGGUCUAGAUGAAGCUGAUGCUGAUUUCUUAUACAGCUUGCUCUCAAGGCAUGUGAUCAGAAUCUUAGUGGGUGAGGGCAGUAGCUCUCCUGGUCCUCUUUCUCCCCAGAGGGCCCUCUGCCUCUUGGAGCUCACUUUGGAACACUGUCGUCGCCUCUGCUGGAGUCAGCACCAUGACAAGGCCACCAGUGCAGUGGAGAAGGCUCAUGAUUACCUAAAGAAUACCAGCCUAGCCCCUGGCCUUGAGUUAUGCCAGUUGGGAGUACAACUGCUGAAGGCUGGGGAAGAAGAACCCCAGGCAGUGACCCAGCUUUUGAUUAAGGCAUCAGCUAUCCUAAAUGACAGUAUGAAGGCACCAUCACCUCCUUUUAGGGCACUGUAUGACAGCUGCCAGUUCUUCCUGUCAGGCCUAGAGAGAGGCAUCAAGAGACACUAUGGACCUGAUACCAUCCUGAACCUCUUCGCUUUUCUUGGCCGGUACUGCUCCCUUCUCCGGCAGCUUCGAGAUGAUAGUGCCUGUGAGAUUUCCCCCAAGCAGCAGCAGUCUUUGCUUCAGAUGCACUUUCAGGGUCUUCAUCUCUACACUGGGAUGGUUUACGACUUUGCUCAAGACUGUCAGGUAGAUGAGCUGGUCAGGCUAGUGGAGAGUUGCAGAUCAGCUGUUGUCUGGAUGCUGGACGCCUUAGAGGGCCUGUCAGGCGGGGAGCUGACUGACUACCUGGGGAUGACUGCCUCUUACACCAGUAACUUGGCCUAUAGCUUCUUUAGUCACAAGCUGUAUGCUGAGGCAUGCGCCAUCUCGGAGCCAAUCUGUCAGCACUUGGGCUUGGCAAAACCAAACACUUGUCCUAAGGUGCCUCCUGAGAAGCUGCACAGGUGCUUCCGGAUACAUGUGGAGAGUUUGAAGAAACUGGGUAAACAGGCCCAGGGCUGCAAGAUGGUGACCUUAUGGCUGGAAGCUCUGCAACCCUAUAGCCCUGAACACAUGGCCGAACCAGUCACUUUCUGGGUUCGGGUCAAAAUGGAUGCAGCCCGGGCUGGAGACAAGCAGCUACAGCUAAAGACUUUGCGAGAUAGCCUGAAUGGCUGGGAUCCAGAGACACAGGUGUUGCUGCUGAGGGAGGAGCUGCGGGCAUAUAAGGCUGUACGGGCUGACACCGGGCAGGAACGCUUCAAUGUCAUCUGUGACCUGUUGGAGCUGAGCCCUGAGGAGACCCCAGCCGGAGCCUGGGCACGAGCUACCCACCUGGUGGAACUGGCUCAGGUGCUGUGCUACCACAACUUUGUCCAGCAGGCUGACUGCUCUGCCCUGGAUGCCAUCCAGGAAGCCCUGCAGCUUCUGGAGUCUGUGAAGCCUGAGACACAGGAACAGGAUUGCCUUCUGGAUGAUAAAGCGCAGGCCUUGCUGUGGUUCUACGUCUGUACCUUGGAGGCCAAACUGCAGGAAGGUAUUGAGCGGGAUCGGAGAGCUCAGGCCCCUAGUAACUUAGAGGAAUUUGAAGUCAAUGACCUGAACUAUGAAGAUAAACUCCAGGAGGACCGUUUUCUGUAUAGUAACAUUGCCUGCAACUUGGCUGCAGAUGCAGCUCAGUCCAAAUGCCUGGACCAAGCCCUGUCCCUGUGGAAGGAGGUGCUCACAAAGGGGUCAACCCCGGCUGUGCGGUGUCUCCAGCAGACAGCAGCCUCCCUGCAGAUCCUAGUGGUCCUCUAUCAACUGGUGGCAAAGCCCCUGCAGGCUCUGGAGACCCUCCUACUCCUGCGGAUUGUCUCUGAGACACUAGAGGACCAUGCGAAGGCAGUCAGCUCCUCCUGCCAGCUCACCCAGCAACUCUUGAGCCUCGGCUGUCCCAGCUAUGCCCAGUUAUAUCUGAAAGAGGCAGAAUCAAGCCUGAAGAGACUCGAUCAGACCGUUGACACACACCUGCUCCUUUCCCUGACCUGUGAUCUGCUCCGAAGUCAACUCUGCUGGACUUACCAGAAGGUGACUGAGGGUGUUUCUCUAUUGCUUUCUGUCCUUCGGGAUCCUGCCCUCCAGAAGUCAUCGAAGGCUUGGUACUUGCUACGUGUCCAGGCCCUGCAAACACUGGCUGUCUACCUUAGCCUCUCAUCAAACAUCCUCUCAGAAGCUCUACGUGAACAGCUCUGGGCUCAAGGCUGGCAGACACCUGAGACAGCACUCAUAGAUGCCCACAAGCUCCUCCGCAGCAUUAUCCUCCUGCUGAUGGGUGGUGAUGUGCUCUCAAUUCAGAAAGCAGCUGUGCAGUCACCCUUUCUGGACUAUGGUGAAAAUCUUGUGCAAAAAUGGCAGGUUCUUACAGAAGUAUUGAGCUGCUCAGAGAAGCUGGUCAGCCGCCUGGGCCACCUGGGGAAUGUGAGUGAAGCCAAGGCCUUCUGCUUGGAAGCCCUGAGACUUACAACAAAGCUGCAGAUACCUUGCCAGUGUGCCCUGUUCCUUGUGCUGAAGGGAGAGCUGGAACUGGCCCGCGGUGACAUUGAGCUCUGCCAGUCAGACCUGCAGCAGGUUCUGUUCCUGUUUGAGUCUUGCACAGAGUUUGGUGUGGUGACCCAAUACCCAGACUCUGUGAAGAAGAUCCACAUGAAGAAAGAGAGACAGCAGGCACAAGUCCCCUGUUCCCCUCAACUCCCAGAGGAGGAACCCUUUCUAAGAGGCCCUGCUCUGGAGCUGGUGGCCACUGUGCCCAAGGAGCCUGGGCCCAUUGCACCCUCUACAAACUCCUCUCCAAUCCUGAAAACCAAGCCCCAGCCCAGCCCAGGCUUCCUGUCCCACUCACCCACCUGUGACUGCUCACUCUGUGCCAGCCCUGUCCUCUCAGCAAUCUGUCUACGCUGGUUGUUGGUCACUGCAGGAUUGAGACUGGCCAUGGGUCAUAAGGCCCAGGGUCUGGAGCUGCUACAAGCUGUGUUGAAGGGUUGCCCUGCAGCCACCAAGCGCCUCAUCCAGAACCUCCAAGCUUCCUUGAAACACAAAGCAUCCCCCUCCUCUGUCCCAAGCCUUUUGGAUGAGAUCAUGGCUCAAGUGUACACACAUCUGGCACUGGAGGGUCUGAGCCAGCCAUCAAACAAGAGCCUGGGGAAGGUUCUGGCGUCGGGGCUGAAGUUUGUGGCAACUCGGAUACAACACCUCGAGUCCUGGCAAGCCAGCUUGCUCUUGAUUCAGGCCCUUGCAAAGCUGGCGAGCUUCAGUUGCUGCACUACCCAAUUUUUUGCAAGCACUUGGGGCUGGCAACCACCAUUAAUAAGCUCCCCAGUCUCAGUGCCCUCUAAGACUCGAAGCCAAAAAUCCUCUGGACAAGGGCGCCAGCGCAUAGCCUCUGCUCCCCCAGCCCUUCGUAAUACCUCUCAGAAAGGUCUGGAAGAUAGCGGGCCUCCCUGUACACCCAAGCCCCAGGGCCGAGCUCGGCAAGCUGGUCCCCAAGUACCUUUCACCAUAUUUGAAGAAGUCCACCCUACAAAGAGCAAGCCUGAAGUUCCCUUGGCCCCCAGGGUGCAAAGGAGGGUCCAGACUCGCCUCAAGGUGAACUUCAGUGAUGACAGUGACUUGGAAGACCUUGCCUCAGCUGAGACACAACUUGUAGAGGGACCUAAGAGACGAGGGACUGCUUCCAGAUGCCGGGGCCAAACUAGGAAGAGCUCUACUGUAAAGACAGAUGCAGCGGUUGUCCCAGGGAGUACUCCUGGGCACCCCAGGGGUAGGGGUCGACAGGCCAAGAAGGUGGCAUCAAGACACUGUGAAGAGGAGAGUCCCCAGACAUCCCUUUGUGGCCGGACCAAACUGGGACCCGAGAUCAUGAGGACUAUCCCUGAGGAGCAACUGAGUGACCAGAUGCAAAUGAGCUUUGAGACUCUCAGGGCUUCUGAUGGGGAAGACUCAGCCUCAGGUGGAAAGGUACCAGCUGCAGGCCCUCCUCCAGCUACAGGAGAAUGUGAAUUGUUGAGACGGGACUCCAACAAGGCAGAGCUACCUGUCCUAUGCCCAGACAAGGAAGCUGAGAGGGACCCUAGUCCUUGGCUCCAGCCUCUCUCUGUUUCUGUACCUGUUGAUCUUUCUACCCUGGAUUCCAUGUCUGACUCACUGAGCAUUGCUUUCCGUGGCGUCAGUCACUGCCCUCCAAGUGGGCUCUAUGCCCACCUCUGCCGCUUACUGGCCUUGUGCCUGGGUCACCGGGAUCCCUAUGCCACUGCCUUCCUUGUUGCUGAGUCUGUCUCCAUCACCUGUCGUCACCAGCUGCUCACCCACCUGCACCGACAGCUCAGCAAGGCACAGAAGCACCAAGGAUCACCUGAACUAGCAGAGCAGCUUCAGGGGAUGAGCCUGCAUGAGAAGCCUGGAGAUGUCCCCCUGGCCUGCAUCCAGCACCUCUUUUCCUUCAGGGCUCCAGGACCUGGCCACUUUCCCCAGGCAGAGAAGAACAGUUUCCAGGAGCACCUGGCUUUGAUCCCCAGUGGAGUGACUGUCUGCGUGUUGGCCCUGGCUACUCUUCAGCCUGGAACCUUGGGCAAUACUCUCCUGCUGACUCGACUGGAAAAGGACAACCCUCCAGUCACUGUGAAGAUCCCCACUGCCCAAAACAAGUUCCCACUAAGCUCAGUGCUGAAAGAGUUUGAUGCCAUCCAGAAGGACCAGAAAGAAAACAGUAGCUGUACUGAGAAGCGAGCAUGGUGGACGGGACGGCUGGCACUGGAUCAAAGAAUGGAGGACCUCAUCACCUCCCUAGAGAACCAUGUGCUGGGCUGCUGGCGGGGGCUGCUGUUGCCAUCUAGUGAGGAGCCCAGCAUUGCCCAGGAGGCCUCCCACCUACAGGAGUUGCUGCAGGAAUGUGGCUGGGAAUAUCCUGACUCUACUCUGCUAAAAGUCAUUCUCAGUGGUGCCAGGAACCUUACCAGCCAGGAUAUUCAGACCCUGGCCUAUGGGCUGUGCCCUGCCCAGCCAGAACGUGCCCAAGAGCUCCUGAAUGAGGCGGUAGGACGGGUACAGAGCCAGAUGGUCCCAAGCAGUAGGCACCUUGUCUUGGUGUUAGACAAGGACCUACAAAAGCUGCCAUGGGAAAGCAUGCCUAGCCUUCGAGCACAGCCUGUCACCCGACUGCCCUCUUUCCACUUUCUACUAAGCUACUCCAUCACCAAAGAGGCUGGGGCCUCAUCAGUGCUGAGUCAAGGUGUGGAUCCACAGAAUACCUUCUAUGUCCUGAACCCUCACAAUAACCUAUCAAGCACAGAGGAGCGAUUUCGAGCCAAUUUUAGCAGUGAAGCUGGCUGGAAAGGAGUUGUUGGGGAGGUUCCAAGCCCUGAACAAAUGCAGGCAGCCCUGACAGAGCAUGACUUAUAUAUCUAUGCAGGGCAUGGAGCUGGUGCCCGCUUCCUCGAUGGGCAGGCUGUCCUGCGGCUGAGCUGCCGGGCAGUGGCUCUAAUGUUUGGCUGCAGCAGUGGGGCCCUGGCUGUACAUGGAAACCUGGAGGGAGCUGGCAUUGUGCUCAAGUACAUCAUGGCUGGCUGCCCCUUGUUUCUAGGUAAUCUCUGGGAUGUGACUGACCGUGACAUUGACCGCUACACAGAGGCUCUGCUGCAGGGCUGGCUUAGAGCAGGCCCAGGAGCACCCCUUCUCUACUAUGUCGGCCAGGCUCGCCAGGCUCCCCGACUCAAGUAUCUUAUUGGUUCUGCACCUGUAGCCUAUGGCCUACCUGUCACUCUACAAACACCCUGAAGUUGUCUUAUCUAUGGUAGAAGCUAUGUGACUAUCUACCUCUAAAUGUAUAUUUAACUUAGUAUUUCGAAUGUUUUAAAGUAAUUUUUUCCCCAAUGUUUUGUAUGAAACGUCUUUUAAUUUAACUUUAAUAUAAUAAAGAUAUAUCA